GAGACUUUGUGGGUACUUAAAAUGGGACUCUCUUGAGCCGGGCUUUAGUACGCUGACGUCGACUGAAGAGUCGCCUUGUUCUUCGGUCUCAACUGUAUUUGAUUUAUACAGCAUGCACUUCCUCCAUUGGAUUGUUCCACUUUUGCUGUUUGGAGGUUGCUCCGCUGGCCCUCAAAAUGUGCUGCUGCUCUUGGCUGACGAUGCCGGCUUCGAAUCAGGCGCCUAUCUGAACAAAUUCUGCCAAACUCCCAACCUGGACGCACUGGCCAGACGCGGAUUGCUGUUCAACAACGCCUUCACUUCGGUGAGCAGUUGUAGUCCCAGUCGCUCGCAGUUGCUCACCGGCCAGGCUGGUCACUCUAGCGGAAUGUAUGGACUCCAUCAGGGCGUUCACAACUUCAAUGUUCUGCCGGAGACCGGGUCACUUCCCAACUUAAUCCGCGAUCAAAGUGGCGGACGGAUCUUAAGCGGCAUCAUUGGCAAGAAACAUGUUGGAGCCGCCUCUAAUUUCCGUUUCGAUUUCGAGCAAACAGAGGAGCAGCAUUCAAUCAACCAGAUUGGCAGAAACAUCACCCGGAUGAAGGAGUAUGUCAGGCAGUUUCUCAAGCAGGCCAAGGACGAGAAGAAACCCUUCUUCCUGAUGGUGGGCUUCCAUGAUCCCCAUCGUUGUGGCCACAUCACCCCGCAGUUUGGAGAAUUCUGUGAGCGUUGGGGCAGCGGUGAGGAGGGUAUGGGCAGCAUUCCCGACUGGAAGCCCAUCUACUACGAUUGGCGAAACCUGGAGGUGCCCGCCUGGUUGCCCGACACGGAUGUAGUGCGUCAGGAACUGGCCGCUCAGUACAUGACCAUCUCCAGGCUGGAUCAGGGAGUGGCUCUGAUGCUGAAGGAGCUGGAAGCAGCCGGUGCGGCAGACCAGACACUCGUGAUCUACACCUCCGACAAUGGACCACCAUUUCCCGGAGGCAGAACCAAUCUCUACGAGCAUGGCAUUCGAUCGCCGCUGAUCAUAAGCUCUGCAAAGAAGGAGGAUCGUCGCCAUGAAACCACAGCAGCCAUGGUUAGUCUUUUGGAUAUAUAUCCUAGUGUGCUCGAUGCCCUUCAGAUUCCACGACCAAAUGACACCAAGAUCGUUGGGAGGUCGAUACUCCCUGUUCUGCGGGAAGAACCUCCCAUCAAGGAGAGCGACUCGGUGUUUGGUAGUCACAGUUACCACGAGGUGACCAUGGCCUACCCCAUGAGAAUGGUGCGCAACAGGCGCUAUAAGCUGAUCCAUAACAUCAACUACUGGGCAGACUUCCCCAUCGACCAGGACUUCUAUACCUCCCCAACCUUCCAGCAAAUACUGAAUGCCACGCUCAACAAGCAAUCUCUGCCGUGGUAUCGAUCGUUGUUGCAGUACUACCAAAGGCCUGAAUGGGAGCUGUACGACGUCAAGACGGAUCCCUUGGAGCGCUUCAAUCUGGCCGAGAAGGCCAAGUACAAUGGCACCCUUAAGCAGCUGCGUCAGCAGCUGUUCGACUGGCAGGUGGCCACCAAGGAUCCCUGGCGAUGUGCUCCGCACGCAGUGCUCCAGGAGCAGGGCAUCUUCAAGGAUCAGCCAGCCUGUCUGACCUUGGGCCACGAGGCGCUGCAGAGGUCCAGGCGCAGGAUCCUCGGCCAGUACGAGGAGUACGUGGUCCUUUCCUAGGUCUGACUAAGUAUUCACUAGAUUGGCUUUGUUGUCUUAUCGCACGUCUAAUAAAAGCACCUCAAAGUGCUGAUAACUCAA